CGAACUUAUCCGUGGAGGCCUCCAGACCCAAGUUAAUUACCUCGAGAUGCGCGGUGGAAUUCUGACUCUGCUGCUGGUGGCGCUGGCGGUGCUGGCUGCCGUGGGCAUGGCUGAAACGGCCGAGCCGCAGGAGGUGGCGGUCGACGUGGACAGCGACCUGAUCGUCGAGGAGGAGACGCUGGAGGCGCAGCCCGAGACGGGGGCGCAGCCGGACGAGGCUGACGCCGUGCCGGUGCAGGAGAUCGACCCGCGUCUGACGCCUGAGGCCAUCGAGAAGGUCUUCUCCAAGAUGUCGACCAAGUGCCUCAAGCAGGUGCAGGAGAACCCGACCGACCCCACCAAGGUGUCGGACCGCUGCCGCGCCGAGGUGGCGCGUCGCAUCCAGCGCUACCUGGAGCGUCUGGACAAGGAGGAGAAGGGUGAGACGGAAGAGAAGAAGACCGAGAAGCCCAAGCGUCGCAGCCGCAAGGGCAAGAAGCAGUCGCGUGCCCAGCGCGAAGCUGCUGCGGCCCAGAAGAAGGAGGAGCAGUACCAGCAGACGCUGCAGACCAUCCUUGGCUUCGUCGCGACUGUCGUGGCCAUCAUCGCCGGCGCCAUGUUCUACAUCAACCGCAAGCUCAAGGCCGCGGGCAUGUACUUCCCUGACCCGGACGCCAAGGCCACCUGCUGCAACUAAGAUGUAGCGCGUCAUCAUACUAGUAGACAGUAGUGUUGCGUG